AUGUCACUUUACAAGCAACCGCUUUCUCAAAUGUUCAGACCAUUCCUUGCUACUACGGGAAAGCCUGCUACACGCCCAUUGGUCACCACGAAGGUAUGGUACUCCUCUACGUGUAGUCUGAACCGCGGUAAUGCGUUAAGUGAAAAGCAACAGCGCCCUACUGUAAUAAGCUCUGAUAAUGAGGAGAUCUCUACCGUGGGGGAACACAUCAGGGUAUGA